GCCUAACUCUCUGUACAAAGACCAUCACUCCCUAUGAACGGAUCAUCUGUACUAAAUAAGGGACAAGAGUGAAAUGUGAUGGUCAUACACAGAUAUGAAGAAACACACAGACUUCGGUGACUCAUUCUGGAGUUUUGGAAAAGAGCAGGACUUCAAGCCUCACAUUAGACACAUUGAGCCUGUUCUCACUGAAUGUGACCUUGACUGGAAAUCCCAUUUGCGCUGGAUACCUGAACCACGAUACAGUGAUGCCCCAUUUCCACACAUCAAAGACAUAAAGUUUCCCAAUGAAAGGAAACUGAUGAGAUCCUUCCCACAGGCUAAUAGGGUGUCCGUAUCUGAGUGGAGCUUUUAUCCAAACAUUGGACAGCCCAAGACCUAUCACACUGGAAAGAGAUGUUUUAUGGAUGGCAUUAUUCAUCCAAGAAGCAUGAGAUGCAUUUCAGAAAAUUCCCUGGAAUCAUUCAUAGGGAGGAAAAAGCAGGCCACAGACAAAUGCAGCAUCUACCCUUCAACAAAGGUCAGACCAUUUCUAGUCCCUGAGUACAGCUCUGACUUUCAUAAAUAUGAAUCAUCACUGCGCACAGCUACUUUUGGGUCCAAGCCUUUUGCCACAUUUAAACCAUUUAUUCACCUAAAACCAAGCACAAAAUACAUCAGUCCACCGUAUGCAGAGAAACAUAAAAGUCCUGCUCGAGAGGAGGACAUUCUUGAAGUCAAGAGGUUGAGCAGCUGGAGACCAGCACCAAACAUCUAUGACAGGACAGUUUUGCUGGACACCUAAUUUUGAAGGUGUCAAACCAUGCUUACAUAUUUAUUGUUGUUAUGUGUU